GACAUGCAGCGGUAGAACCACUAGUGUCUGAGCUUGCUCAUCUCAAAGACAACUCUAUGAUAAAAAAAAUUUGAAUUAUAGGAGAGAGCACAUUCACUCUUAGUGACGCACUGUACUUACAUUAAGAGUACACCAUGAAAAUCAGCCUUGAGUUCAGAGGAGGCGCUGAACUCCUGGUGAACAAUGUGUCCCAGCAUUCUAUUGACUUGGACGGCUCAAAGUGGACCAUUGCAAGCCUCCUGGAGUGGAUCAAAACCAACUUGAUCCAGGAACGGCCAGAGCUGUUUCUACAGGGUGCAUCUGUGCGGCCCGGCAUCUUGGUGCUGGUCAAUGAUGCUGACUGGGAGCUUCUGGGCCAGCUGGACUAUGAACUGCAGGAAGGUGACAACAUUCUCUUCAUCUCAACUCUUCAUGGAGGCUGAAGGAAAGACAUAACCACACAUGAAAGUUUUCCAUGGAAAACAUUUGUGCUCAAGUGUCAAGUUAGUCAGUAAAGCUCUUGUAUUCAUGUUUAUUCAUAGUAGAGUGUUCUUAUAAUUUCUUGAAAUUGAUUUUAUAAUGAUGACAACAAAGACAACACCAUAUGUAGGCUUUCCUUUGACAGCCUCUGUAUUUUAGGUAUGAUGAGUUUGUUGGUAAAUCUCUUGUAGCACUAGUCUAUUAAAGUUUAUUGAUAGGGAAGUAUUUUGAUAAUUUCAUGAAGUUGAGUAUAAUUACCACAGUUUUGCAGUGACAUAAACAUAAAGUGAAAUGGAAUCAUCACCAUUCAUCGCCAUCACUGACAGCAUAGGUAGCCUGCUCUAACUGGAGUCACUAUAGUACAUAGGAAACAUCACAUUAUUAUAGUCAUUGCUGCUGCCAUCUCCUACCAACCUUUAUAUGCCCUUAUUAAGUGAAUUUCAUUGUAUGCAAUGUAUACUGUUAUGCAGGGUGAAUCAACUGACCCUCGCCCACGGCUACGUGAAGGCGGGUUCAUAUGUGCCAAUUUGCGACGUUUUUUUUUUUUUUUUUUUUUUUUACGUAGAGUUUCCGACUCAUCCCUUCUAGUCGGAAAGUGACAGACGUAGCGUCCAGGGUUUGAGAGACCCUGGUAGCGCCUGGAAAGUACCGACUAGUUAGCGCCUUGAUGGGAAGUGAGAGUAAACAAACAGUUACCCGCCAAGAUGUCUUCCUCCAGUGACGAUGCUGUUGCUUUUUUGGCGUACCGGAAGUCAACAGAAAGGAAAAUGCCUGUGGAUACGUCCCUGGGUAAGUAGAAGGAGAGAAAGAGAAAGGAGUUUCUACCACACUAAAAUAGUUUAUAAUUCUCAUAAGAUAAUUAUUAAACUUAAGAAGAUUACGCACAAUUGCGAUCAAAUUAAAUCCUAACAAGUCUUCGACUCUCAUCUCUAACAACACCUUGCAUUGAGGGAAACAGUUCUUGUAGAGUGGCAGCUAUAUCGUCGAACGACGCUUUGCGCAAGCUUCUUUUACUGUAUAAUUAAUUUCUGAGGCUCCAGAUGUGUUCUUUUUUCCCUCACCAACUCUAACAGCUUCUCUAUAUUUGGAGACCACAUUUUCAAAGCUUACUCCGUGACGUCACAAAUAAAGUCGCAAAUCGACUAGCAAGACCAACAUGUUGGUCUUGUUUUGCGACUGCUUUCUACAUUCGUUAGACACUUAUUGUGAGUCAGAAACUCUACGUACGUAAAAUGUCAGUCGCAAAUUGGCACGUGUGAAUUCGCCUUAGUAAUACCAUGCAUUACAUGCAGAAAAGCAUUGUAUGUACUUCUCCAUGUCCUUCAUCUAACAUUAUUAUUCUGAGACUGCUGUGAAUGUUUAGAUAUGAUGUAAAAAUCUCCAGUUUUGUAGCAUACAUUACAUACAGGAAAAGAAGAAUUGUAUAAAUUA